ACUACAUGUUUACAGUACAGCAGUAAUCCCCCAGAAAUACAAUAAAAAUGAUUCAUAAUUAGCAUAACUUACUGUUCUUUUCAAUAAUUUAUAUCAUUAUGUCUUGUAAUACAUGUGCAAAACCCUUCACUUUAUUGCGCAAAGAGAAAGGCUGCCCUGGUUGUGGAUUCAGUUACUGCUCCAAAUGUUUAGAACACAAGAUAUUUUUGAAGAAAAUUAACUCUGAAGCUAAGGUCUGUGUAAAAUGCAAGCAAGCAGCUGAAUCAAAGGCUAAGCCUAUUGAACCACCAGAUACAUACUACAAGCGAAUUGGAGCGGUUAAAGGUCAAUCCAGCACAGAUAGUACCAGCAACGAAAGGGUACAAAAUGAAAAGGAUCAAGAAAUACAAGCCAGGUUACUUAUGUUGAAAGAAAAGGAGAAAGUAGAAACCUCUGAGGGGGAAAUAUCAAGACGUCUUCAAAACAUCAAAGGAGAGAUGCCAUCAACUUCUGAUGCCGAGCUACUAGAGCGAUUGGCGAAAUUAAGAGGUGUGCCAGUAGCUACACUACAAACAAAACCAGUCCUGGUAGCACCAGAUAAAAGAUCAGAACAGGAGCAAAUAGAUGAUUUACUUAAGCAAUACCAAGCAAAAUCAGGCAUUGAUAACAAAUAUACUGAUGAAUUCAAUGGCUUGGUUACUAAUAUGGAGUCCAGACUGCAGAAUUUAAAAGGAAAUGGGGGUCCCUCUCAAACAAGUAAUGUUACUAAUGUUAAUGUUGAAGACACACCCUCAGAAGAUGAAGAAGACACUGUUAAAAAGAUUAUAGAAAGGUUGAAAACGGAAGCCCUCCUUGAUGAACAACUAAGCCCCACAACCAACGAUGAGCUGCCGUUUUGUGAAAUAUGCAAUGAAGAUGCUACUAUGCGCUGCCUUGGUUGCCGGUACCUGUUCUGCAAACGCUGCUUCUUGGACCACAAGGAUGAUGAUGAUGGCUGUGAUAGAUAUGAACCCUACACUCCACCCAAUCGCACCUCUGUUUAAUUUUAUUUUGUCGAUCUCAGGCAAAUGCAGCUCUUUGUUGAUGCCAAAAAGGUGCUGCUAGUAUAAAAAUGAAAUCAAACUCUUAUUGUAAUCAACAAAUAAAUUUUGCCUGAUAUACGACAUUUAUUUUUAGUGAUUUUGAGAUUCAGAUUAAAUCAUUGUUGUUUCAUUGAUGUUAAAUUAAUAAUAUAUUUUAUGGCUUUAAGCAAUAAAACAAUAUGCUUGC